AUGGCUUCUGGAGGAGAACCAAGAAUUCGAACAUUGUUUGACCUAGAUGAACAGGAGGUGUCUCAAAUGAUGCAAAAUUUAAUUGAUGAACAAAAUGCGGAGCCUUUACUAUUUGAUGUGACCCAAAAUCAUCGUUGGGAUCCACGUAGAAGUGCUGUUGAAAUGGCCAGAGAUUUAAAUACACAGUCUACUGAUCAAGAUGGAAGUGAGAUGGAAGAAGACUCUCAGCGAUUGCAAAAUAUCGAUUGGUGUUUAUGUGGAAAAUGUAAAUUGAUGCCAACAGUAAUCGAAUCAUUUUGCUGUCGUGAAAUGGAAGAGGUGGUCAGUAAAAUUCAAGAGGGACAUAAUUGCAUUUCAGAACAUGAUUACCAUCAAAAUACCAAAGAUAGAGAAUUCCUUAAAAGAAUUGCUUUAAUAACUAACAGUUUGGGACCAUAUAGAUUACAAGGAGUUGAAAACAUGCCAGAAAGAGCAUUUAGAAAACUUGCAUACCGUGACUAUACUUGUUGGAUUCAUGGUUUUCUUGGUCCCAAAAAUAGAAAACCAAUUCCAUCAUGUGUCGUAAAUAGUAUUAGAUCAUCUUUUCCAGAAGCGGACAACAUAUAUGUAGGUUUCCACUACCCAGAGGAUGAUGGACCUGCUUUUGAAAUGAUCUUAGACUGA